UAUUAGCACUAGCACUAGUCUCGUCAAUAACUACGAUGGCGCCCUCGUCGUCUUCGGGCGCGUCGACGUCCGUGCAAGUCGCUCUGCGCAUACGGCCAACGACUUCACAGGACACUGUAUCCAUUCCCGCUCGUUUUCAACGGACGGUCAUUCAUGCGGCGUCUUCCACUAUUGUGAACGUAGAUGCUUCUUCCGCUAGCCCCACUGCAUCUGGUUCUGCUACUGCCGUCGCAACUCCAUCCACUUCUAUCGGGAAAAAGCAGGUUUUCACUUUUGAUCAAGUUCAUCCUCCAACUGUUACCCAGCAUUCGCUCUUCACCAGCACUGCCAAGCCUCUCAUCUCGCGUUUCAUGGAAGGAUUUAACUGUACAAUUCUCGCUUAUGGACAAACAAGCAGCGGAAAGACAUUUACCAUGACUGGCGUGGACCUUGAUGCGGACCCCUCGGAUCCUAAUAAUGGCAUGGGCAUCAUACCGAGAGCUGUCUCUACUAUAUUCUCGCAGGCGAGAAAACUUAAGGAACAACGUGGCGGUACCUGGAAUUACAGCAUAAAGGGCUCGUUUAUAGAAGUGUAUAACGAGGAUUUGAUCGACUUGCUCAGUUCCGACGAGGCAACUGGGUUGCGGCGCGAGGUACAGAUUAGAGAAGGGAAAGACGGUUCUAUAAUUUGGGGCGGCCUACGUGAAGUAUCAGUGCGAAAUAGCAAUGAAGUCAUGAACCUUAUCCGCCAGGGCACUUCAAUAAGAAGAACGAAUGAGACGGAUAUGAACGCUCAAUCGUCUCGUUCGCAUGCCAUCUUUUCUCUGACAUUGACCCAGAAGAAAUACACCGGCUCUGGCGUACCACCUCGUUCAUCUUCGCCAUUACCUCCUGGCGGUCGUUCCCCGUCGCGUCUCGCUCGCCCUGGAUCGUUGUACACCACUGGCAGUUCCCCCAGUGCAAGAGUGUCCUCGCCUACUAUGGGUAGGCCAGCGACUCCGAGUUUCCAGGCAGCUAUGGGACGAGGCGGAGGGCUGCGUCCUGCAAGUGCUCUUGGUCUUCGCCCUUCUGAAAACCGACAAGAUGAUGAUGAGAGCGGCGAGUGGACCACUAUAGUGUCCAAGUUUCACUUCGUUGACCUGGCUGGUUCGGAGCGCUUAAAACGUACCGCCGCUGCGGGCGAGCGGAUCAAAGAGGGAAUAUCCAUCAACAGCGGUCUCCUCGCUCUCGGAAACGUCAUCUCGGCACUCGGUGACCCUUCACGUGCGAAGUCGCAUACUAACUCUCACGUCCCCUAUCGCGACUCCAAGCUUACCCGCCUCCUUCAAGACUCGCUUGGUGGCAAUGCACAUACUCUCAUGAUCGCUUGUGUCAGUCCCACAGAGUGGAACGUUGGUGAAACUGUCAAUACCCUGAAGUAUGCCAACCGCGCCCGAAAUAUCAAGAACCGUGCGGUUGUCAAUGAAAAGGAAGAUGGUUGGGACGAUAUCGAAUGGCUACAAGGAACAGUCACGCGUCUCCGCAAGGAGGUCAAACAAAUGAAAGAAGGUGGCGCCAUCAUUCCUUCUAGUUCCGCACAUUCCCCUGCGGCAGUGCCGGAUGGACACUCCAAAAAGAUCCUUGCACAGAUGUCAGACCUUCAGAAUAAUUACGAAAGUCUGCGCGAGAAAUACGUGGAGCGAACAGAAGACCUGACUCGCCUACGUCGCGAGAUUGGGGAGCGUCACCGCACUUCAUCUGGCGGGACUGUAGGCGGUACAGCUAAAUACGAAGAGAUCGUUGGACCUGUCAUCGAGGAAUACGAGAAGACCAUCAGCGCGAUGGAGGCCGAGUUAGGCCUCAAUCGGGCUGCGUUGAGACUCACCAAUGAGAUGAUGGAGGAAAAAGAAGAAGAAUUUGCCCAGAUCACAGAGAGACAUUCUGCAACCGAAUUAUAUGUUGAGGAGCUCCGUACCCGCCUGGCGAAGCUUACGGAACGGGAAGCAUCAACUGAGGCUUAUGUCCGUGACCUUGAGGAGAAGAUGAAGUCUUCUGACGAAACGUCUAUGUCAUCGAGCGAGUCGCUGACUGACCUGAAGCGCGAGGUCUCCCGUUAUAAGGAGGCUGAAUCGCACUCAGCCUCGUACAUAGCUGACCUUGAAGCUCGCCUCGCCCGCUCUGACGAAUCGGCGCUGACCUUGCAGCAGACGAUUGAGCGACUCGAGAGCGACUGUGAACGUCGAAGAGAGGAGGUGGAGGCUCUGAAGACACGCUUAGAGGAUCUCAGUCAGGACGGUGCUAGUUGGCGGACCGAUCUCGAGGAAAGGGAGAGGAAGGUUAAAGAACUAGAGCAGAAGAUGGAAGCCUGGGAGCGGAAGAGGAAGGAAGCCAACGAAGAUCGCAUCCGGCUGGGUGACGUGGUUGGUGAGGUCGAGCUGGCGAAACGCAGCCUCGAGUCCUUGAACGGCACGAGCACUAAAGUCAAUUCUGUGGGUACUUCCGGUGCCAGCACACCUGCUACAGUGGACCUUUCCGUCGAUAAUCAAUUGAUCGCACUGCGAGAAACUCAUGCCGCGACACUGAUAGACCUUUCAUCGAUUUCCAAGAAGUACCAGGAUGCCCUACAGGAGAUCGCUGAUCUGGCUGCUCAGAUUCAAGAAGCUAAACUCAGCAAUCCGACGAUACCAGAGACUUCAGCCGUUGAUAAAGUGGAAUUUCCGAUGCCCCGUCGUCGAAUGACAUCCUCCAAGAGUCGAGAAGCUCUUGCCGAUCCUCCAUAUGAUGCAGCUGGUCGACGUCUUUUUUUCAGGCAAGCGGCCUCCGUAGAGUCUCUUGGGAGGUCACUACCUCAAUCAGUCCCACAAUCGCUUUCGCUUUCACAAGAACUCUCAUCAGCGAGAUCUCGAGAGCCUUCGGUAUCGAGUCACGGAAGCAGUGGUUCCAUCUCGUAUUCUCCAUCUCACCGUCCGAACCUAUCCAUCUCUCUUUCCAACCUCAAUGGCGUCACCACUCCCACUGAACAACGCUCUGCGGUGAGCAUGGAGAAGGAGAUUAUGCGCUUGCAAGAGGUUCUAAGGGAGCGUGAAGCUGAGAUUAGCGCUCUUGAGUCCUCGCUGAAGGAAAAGGAACAGAUAACGCCAACUCCGUCUGAACCGCAUAUUCUCCAUUCCACCGAAGCGGACAAUUUGACACACCUCUCGCCCAAAACGAUUCAGAAGUUCGAUGCUGUUCGCAAGAGCAUGAGGCUACAUCACGGUCUCAUCCCUCAUGUCGACGCCGACGUUUCUGAUAAUGAUGUUGACGAAUCGCUUGACAGGCUAAAUGAACUUAUGCUGUCGAUGGCUCAGAAGGAGUCUCAGCACAAAGAAGUCGUUGAUUCACUUCAUAGCCAACUCGCUCAGGUGCAACGUGCGCACGAUGAGUUGACUACUCUUUCUAGGGAUCAGGCGCUGAACAUGUCGACCGAACUUGAAGGUCUCCGUGCCAAACACCACGGGGAUCUUUUCGAGUUGGAGGCAGUCAAGCAGCAUGAGGCGGAGCUUCUCGCAUCUAUCAAACAAGCUGAGGAGAGUCACGCUGCCGAGCUUGCGGAGCUAAGGUCUGAACACGAGGAGGCUCUUCGUGCGAAAGGAGUCGAGGUCGAGGAACUAAUCUUUCGUCUGAAAGACGAGCAUGAGACAUCUCUGAAUACUCUGCGAGAUCAGCUGUCAGAAGCAUCUACAGCUCUGGCGAAGGCUCUGGAGGAGCACGAGAGUGCGUUUGGAAAGCUUCAAGCUGAGCACGAGGAGGUCCUCCAGCGACAUACUCAAGAGGCCAAGGAGAUUCUCGAGCGUACCGUCGAAGAGCACCAGCACGCUAUGGCCAAUUCCCAAUCUGACCACGCGGAAGUCUUGAAGUCCAAAGACGAGCAAGCAGCCACCGACCUCCACCGCACCGAAGAGGAGUACUACAAUGCGCUCACUAAACUCCGCAAGGACCACGCAGAUGCUUUGCAGAGGCAAGCUGACGAAGCCGCUGCAAUGCUUGAGCGCCUGCGCGAGGAUCACGCUAGCGAACUUCGCAUGGCUGAGAAAGCUCGCGAAUGCUCUUUGUCAGAGUCAGAGUCGUCUCGUGAUUCGGUGCUCCGUGACCUUCAGGACGAGCAUGCUGCUGCUGUUGCGAGAAAGGAGGCUGCAUAUGCGGAAGACGUGGAGAAACUCAAGGCUGAACAUGUGCGUCUCCUUUCGAGCAAAGAAGAGGACUACAGAGCAAGGCGCGAGCAUAUGAAAUCUGAGCAUGCGACUGCCAUGGCUGUCCUCAGGGAGGCGUCGGAAGCUCAAGUGGAGCAGCUCACGAAGACCCUAACACGUCUAGAAGAAGAAGCUGCUGCCACAGUCGCGAAGUUACGCAAGGAGCAUGAAUCUGCUACUCAGGCUCUGACAGAUCAGCAUACAGCGUUGGUGCUACAAAUCGCUCGUGGUCAUGAGGAGGAAACUGCUCAGCUCAAGUUGUCACAUACCUCUGCCCUCGAGGACGCGGUUGCCAAGGCUCGGGAUGAACACGCAUCCCUCCUCACCUCUCAUGCAGCGGCAAUCGCGAAUCUCAAAUAUGAGCACCAGAUGUCACUCGCCGAAGUUGAAGCGUCCCUUAUUACCGCUCAAGAGAAGCACGCUUCCGACCUUGAAGAGUCUCGAACAGCGAGCGAGCGUAUGCUUGCUGAGGAACGGGAACGCCUUGCUGCCACCAUCACCGACCUUGAGCAGAAACACUCUGAUGAGCGUGAUGCUCUCCGCAAGGAUCAAGAUCUUCUCCAUCAAAAACUGGAGUCCCACAAAGUCGCGAUCAAGGAUGCUCAGGAACAAAGUGAACGGGGAUUGCUUGCAGAACGGCAGCGCUCGCAUUCGGCAGCAACUGAGCUUGAGGAGAAGCACUCUGCUGAACGCACCUCGAUGCGCAAGGACUACGACAUGCUUGUUCAGGAGCUUGAGGCCCACAAAGCUGCCGCAAGUGACUUCGUGGCAGUACGUGUACAGCACGAGAGGACUCUGUCCGAACAGACGACCACCAUGGCAUCCUUGGAAGAAGACUUGGCUGGUGUACGAUCGGAGAAAGCGGACCUUCAGACGCAGGUUACCAAACUGAUGGCUGAGCUGGAGAACACCCGGUCAGAGAAGGCCAAGUUCAUCCAGGAAGCAUCCAAGCGCGAGUCAUUGGUUGACGAGCUUGACAGACAUCGCUCCCUUAUCGCUGAGAUGCAAGAGAACCUUCAGCGCGUCAAGGACGAGAAAGACAACUUACAAGUGGAGAGGCAUAAGCAAGAGACUGCCAUGCGCGAUAUGCAAGCACAGAUUGCACGCCCAUCGGUAGCUCAGGAGACCUCGACACCCCGGGCAACACCUGAUCGCAAUAUCUCUUUCACUCGUCUCAAUGGUAUGGCCAGCAAGCUUCCUCCCCCCACACCCCCGCCAUCCAUGCCUCCGCCACCAGCGCCAAAAACUCAGGAAUCCCAGUUCAGUAUAUCUACCCAGUCUUCUGUUAUGUCUUCGAAAGACUCCACUGCCGAGUCUCCUGCUACAUCAGUUGCUUCCGUACUUCCACCUAGCGGCCCUCAGGUGGACUCCAAGGCUAUUGCGGCCAAGCUUGAGGACCAGGCGAAGCAUAUCAACGAGCAGGAGGUGAUGAUCAAAACGCUCAACAAGCAGCUCUCUCACUGUGAGAGCGAUUUGGCUACUCAUAUGGAUCUCGUGAGCACGUUGGAGACAUCGUUGAGCGACUCUGAGAAGAAUCUCCGCAAAGCGCGUAUGCAAGCAACAGAGCUUGCGAGGGAACGAGACUCAGUUAAUUCCCAAAUUGAGAGCCUUCGCAACGAGUUACAGGAAGCGCGCCGUGAGGUCGUCACUGUUCGGAAAUCUAUUGUCGAAGAGAAACAGUCCCUGGAAUCGCGCCUCGACGAAGAACGCCGUGCGAAGGAACGUGCUCGUGCGCAGCUUGACUCACGGAUGGAGGAGCUACAGAAACGAAAAUCGAAGUUCGCCUGUCUAUAGCGUUCUUGUCAAGUUAUAUUUGCGACCAGUGAGCUGUUACGAUCCAUGCCUUGACAUCCUUGUCGCACCUCUAUGCCUAUCAUUUUUGCACUCGCGUCAAGUCCUCCCUUGCUUUUUAUACCAGUCUUUGCGUUUGUCUCUUGUGUCUUGAUACCCCUUCGCUGUGGAGCUAGUUUAUCGCGUCUACUAUGGGUAUCCCAAGUAUGUUUGUCCGUACUGGCUACUACACAUGUUAUAAUACCAUACAGUUCGGAUCUUUACCGAUUAUGAUACGCCGCGGUGUUGUAAUUGUGGCGGUCGCCGUUC